CCGCUCUCACCACCCCACCACUAUAAACCGCCAAUACUGCUCCUCACACCACACUCGUGUCCUACAUACCUCCCUUAAAAUAUAAUAACCCUUUCCCUUCACUACUCAAAAUCCAUUCAAUCUCCCAUGGCUUCGAAUCUUUCUAAGAGUCAGAGUUUUGGAUUGACAUCUAUAGCAGAGGAAGAAGCUCGUUGGUGCUGUGUCCUUGUGCUGGUAACCCUGUUAUUGCUCAACUCUUUCAAGGAAACUAACUAUACCAUAACAAAGGAUGAGGAUUAUGAUGGGAAAGGGGUGAGUCGUCGGGUGUUGGAGCGAGCUUGUGAUGAAAUCUAUGUGGUUGCAGAAGGAGAAACCCUCCACUCCAUUAGCGACAAGUGUGGGGAUCCUUUUAUAGUGGAGCACAACCCUCAUAUUCAUGACCCUGAUGAUGUAUUUCCCGGACUUCUCAUCAAGAUUACUCCUCUCUCUCUGCCAACUCACUCAUUUAGCCUCUAGCUUUCUUCCUAUUUAUCAAUCACCAAUUCCAAGGGAAACAUGGUUUGUUCUUCAUGAUUUCAUCAUUGGCAUCCAUUGGUUCAAGCCUUCAACUUCUUUUUAUUAGUAAUUCCCCUUUUUAUAUAAUCAGGACUAGGUAAGAUCGAAACUUUCCCAUGGAUUUUCUCUGGUUAUUUUAGGUCAAUUAAUAAAAAGAAAAAGAAAAAGAAAAAGAAAACAUUGUUUUAAGUUGUUACUUGGGAACAACUCUUAACCAUGAGAUACUAGAGCUACAUUACUUGCAACUCUGGUUUCCUUUCGAAUAUGAUAUAAUACAUAGUUUUUUUCCCCUAUAUAUAUAUAUAUAUUCAUAUUCAACCUAACUCAACAUUGUUGGAACUACUGUCGUCACACUUGUAAUAGUUAGGGGUUGUUAUCAAUGAAAUCAACUUCUUUUUAUUAGUAAUUCCCCUUUUUAUAUAAUCAG